AUGCCGCAAGCCAAGCUUGCUACCACCGAUCACACAACUCCCAACAACAGCCAAAAUGCUCCUCCUACCAAUCAGAAUAAACAAGAAGUCACGUUGGAGCUCCAGAAGUACAUCCUGCUGCUGGCCUCGCUGGUGGCCACGGUGACCUAUGCCGCCGGGUUCAGCCCGCCGGGGGGCGUCUGGCAGGACACGGCUGCCGGGCACCUCGCCGGCGACCCCAUCAUCCGGGACACCCACCACAAGCGGUACGUGGCCUUCUUCUACUGCAACGCCACCGCGUUUGCCGCGUCGCUCGUGGUCAUCGUCACCACCCUCACCCUCGCCUACCUGGACGACUACAAGGACAAGUACUCCGGCUCCAAGAUCGUCGUCCAGUACAUGAAGAGACAAUGGAUCGCCGUUCGGACGCUGCAGACGGCCAUGGUGUUGGACCUGCUCAGCCUCAUGGGAGCCUAUGCCGCCGGCACCUGCCGGGACACGUUCACCACCGUCUACUCCUCGGUGCUGGUGGGCGUCGUCUUCGUCUACCUCGUUGGUCAAGUGGCGGUGGCCUCGUGCUCGUGCUUCACCGACACCGGCUCCGGCGGCGUGCCCAAAGGCCAAGUCGAAGGAAACCCCAACUCCGGUUCCGGUUCCGGCGGCGGCGUGCCCGAACCUGAAGCCGUCGAAAAAGAAGAAGAACGGCAGAAGGCGAAAAAAAGUUUCCGCAAGGUCAAGGUCCUGAUGGCGCUUGCUUCAGUGGCCAACAAGGUCGAACAUGACAAGGCGAAAGAACGGUUCCGCAAGGUCCUGAUGCUUCUCGCGACGUUCGCCGUGAGCAUCACGUACUUGGCCGGGCUGAGCACGCCGGGGGGGUUCUGGGACAGCACUGGCUUCGGGCACCGCCCCGGCGACUCCAUCCUCAAGGACCAUCACAACACGCGCCUGGCCGUAUUCUUCGGCUUCAACACCACGGCAUUCGUCGCGUCACUGCUCAUCAUCGUGGUGCUUCUGGACACGAAGCUCCGCCAGAUCAAUGCCUACGGGUUCAUCGUCGUCGCGCUCGUCAGCCUCAUCGGCGCGUACAAUGCCGGCAGCUGCAGGCAGACCGACACCACCAUCUACGUGUUCAGCCUCAUCCCUGCUGUUCUGGUGUACAUUUCGUUCCUCUACUUUGUCGCAGAUCACAUCUACGCCAAAUGGGAAGAAAUGAAAAAAAAAUUCAGGGUCAGGGAGGGUAAAACAGAGAAGGAGAAAGCAGCCGACAAGGCUCGCUCUCUUGUUCUGCUGCUCGCCACUCUGGCAGCGACGAUCACCUACCAAGCGGGGUUAGACCCGCCGGGCGGCGUCUGGCAAGACAACAGUGGUGGCCACACCGCCGGUGACCCAAUCCUCCUGACGACGAAUGCUCGGAGGUACAAGGCUUUCUUCUACUGCAACUCGGUGUCGCUGGUGGCGUCCCUGGUCGCCAUCGUGCUGGUCCAGAGCAAGUUUCUGCUCAAGCACCAUGUGCUGGAGGCGGUCAUGAUACUGGACCUCUUCGGCCUCAUCGGUGCAUACGCGGCAGGGAGCUCCCGGGAUGUGAACACAUCCAUCCAUGCCAUGGCAUUGGCUGGCGCCGUCCUCGUCUACGUGGUCAUCCACGUCAUCUUCAUCACGCUGGACGACGCCACACGCACAAGGAGCGAGAGUGACAAGAAAAAGGACAAUGAGUUGGUGGAGAAGACGCGCAAGCGGCUGCUCCUCUUCGCCAUCUUGGCGGCGACCAUCACCUACCAAGCCGGCCUCACUCCUCCAGGAGGGUUCCUGCUCCAGGACGACCAGUCCGGGCACCACGCCGGUGACCCGGUCCUCUUGUACAACUUCCCGCGCCGCUACAAGGCCUUCUUCUACUGCAACUCGGUGAGCUUCAUGCUGUCCAUCGCCCUCAUCCUCCUCCUCGUCAACCCCAACCUGUACAGGCCAGCCAUACGGACCCACGCGCUGUCCGUGUGCACGGGGGUAGGCUUGUUUGGCCUCAUGGGCGCCUACGCUGCCGGAAGCACGCAGCAUGUGAAGACAUCCAUCUACAUAUUCGUGUUGGUGGCAGUGGCCGGCCUAGAGCCGCCGGGCGGAGCUUGGCAGAACAGCAGUGGAGGGCACGAGGCCGGCGACCCGGUGAUGCAUGACAACAGGAGGCCCCGGUAUCUGGCUUUCUUCUACAGCAACUCCACCUCGUUCAUGGCGUCCGUCUCGGUCAUGGUCAUCCUGCUUCUCCUGGUACCACCAAAGCAGCUAGUUCGCAACGACCACUGGCACAAAAGGUGGCUUGUGGUGAUGAACACAACAAUUGUGCUGGACUUGCUUGGCCUCCUGGGUGCCUACGCAGCCGGCUCGAGCAGGCGGUGGAAGACAUCUGUGUAUGUGUUGCUGCUGGUCAUAGCCGUGCUGGUCUACAUGGCAUUCCAUCUCCUCCUGUCCUGCAUCAUCAGAAGGAGGAGUCGUCAGAGCGCCCAACCAUCGCCUGGCGACUCAUCAGUGAAACCCGAAGCAAAUGCUACUUCUCCAGUCUAG